AUGCAGUUUGGUGUUUCGAUCUUUUUCUACACUGGAUUACGCUAUAGCUCACCAACACUUGCAUCAGCAACGAUUAAUCUUUCACUUGCUUUUACUUUCAUUGUAGCCAUCAUUUUCAGGAUGGAGAUUUUGAAUCUACGUUCACAAAGUAGGAUACUAAAGUUGAUAGGAACCAUAGUAUCAAUUAGUGGAGCA